UACGGACUCGGUGGUCCGAAGGGCCUGUUUCCAUGCUAUAUCUCUAAACUAAAUCUAUGACAACUUCCUUUUACCAUCACUGGGUCUAAAUCCUGAAUCUCCCUUCUCAUUGCAAUGUAGUGAAUUAAGUGGUGUACCCUUUACCUGUACACGAUGGACAUCUUGAUUGUAAUCACAUAAAGUCGUUCCUUUGGAUAGUACGCAAACAAAAGCUUUUGACUUACCUCGGCAUACAUGACAACAAUAAACUAAACUAAACUAGGUUUGGGCAGUAUAUUCCACCUGAAACAUGUAAACUAAGAAGUGCAGAUGCUGGUUAUAUCAAAGUGCUGGAGUAACUCAGUGGGUCAGGCAGCAUGUCUGGAGUAAAAGUCUGAAGAAGGACCCCGACCCGAAACGUAUCCUUUUUCUCCAGCGAUGCUGCUCGACCCGCUGAGUUACUCCAGUGUUUAUCUGUGGUCAACAGAAAGCUUGUUUUCUGCAGUUGCCCUUCUAGGGACAGAUACUGAGUAUGCAACGCCUGUCCCUGUGACAUCAUGUAAGUCUCUGCCCACAAUCGCCAGGCUCCAUUCAUGAGCUCACAGGGGGAGCGAGGUUGGAUGGCAAAGGUUUCUUUUAAAGGUGGAAAGUAAGACCAGAUCUUCAGUGUGGCGGUCCCAUUCUUCGUGCGUUGGACACCUUGACUAAGUUCUGAGACUUUGAGCUGUGUGUGUUUCUGCUUUGCUGUGUCUUUAUACUGAAGAUUUGUUUCCAGUCGGACCUGGGUUGAAGUCAUCCUCGAACGCCACACAGUCGUCUGAUGAGAUGGACAUGCAGGUUGCUGCAAAAUCAAACUCCAGGAAGAGGAGGAAAGAAGACACAGGCUCCAAUGGCAUCACAGACGAUGACGCCAUCCCAGUGAAAAUCUUACGACCUGUGAGUAUGACUCUUUCUAUGCCGGCUCCCUUUGCAAAUGAGAAUGGAGUGACGGGUGACAAGCCGUAUGAACGUGUGACAUUUGAAGAGGCGAAGAGCGGGACUCCGUUAGAUCGCCCGGUUCGAGUUUACGCUGACGGUAUCUUCGAUCUCUUUCACUCGGGGCAUGCGCGGGCUCUGAUGCAGGCCAAGAGCCUUUUCCCCAACACGUACCUGAUAGUGGGAGUGUGUAAUGAUGACCUGACCCACCAAUUCAAAGGGUUCACUGUGAUGAACGAGGCGGAGAGGUACGAUGCGGUCAGGCAUUGCCGCUACGUUGACGAGUUGGUACAAAACGCACCCUGGUCACUGUCGCCCGAGUUCCUAGAAAUGCACAGGAUUGACUUUGUAGCUCACGAUGAUAUCCCCUAUUCCUCUGCAGGGAGCGAUGAUGUUUACAAGCACAUUAAAGAUGCUGGCAUGUUUGCUCCAACACAAAGAACAGAAGGGAUCUCGACGUCGGACAUCAUUACGAGGAUUGUGCGGGAUUAUGACCUGUAUGUGCGGCGGAACCUGCAGCGUGGCUACACCGCCAAAGAGCUGAACGUCAGCUUUAUAAACGAAAAGAAGUACAACCUGCAGGAGCGGGUCGACAAGGUCAAACAGAAAGUCAAGGACGUGGAGGAAAAAUCAAAGGAGUUUGUGCAGAAAGUUGAGGAGAAGAGCAUCGACCUGAUUCAGAAAUGGGAGGAGAAGUCGAGGGAAUUCAUCGGCAACUUCUUGGAGAUGUUUGGCCCCGAGGGAGCCUUGAAGCACAUACUGAAAGAGGGGAAAGGCCGCGUGCUGCAGGCCAUUACUCCGAAGCAGAGCCCGAGCAGCAGUCCGACCCGGGAGCGUUCUCCUUCGCCCUCCUUCCGCUGGCCCUUCUCCAAGACCUCCCCGCCCAGCUCGCCCAAACCGGACGUGGACGCGACCGGCUACGACACCAGCGAUGACGACACCGAGUGAAGGUGCUGCGCUCUCUCUCCGUCUCCGUCUCCGUCUCUGUCUCUCCUCCUUCCUCCCCAGAGUUUUGGCGGCCACCUCCACUCUCCCCCGAGCCCCCCCCCCCCCCCCCUGCCCUCGGCUCCGUCUGUCGAUGGCAACAGGUGGGGCAAGCGUUGCCUCACGCCCAGGGCGAAGGGCAGAACAAACGAGGACAAGCUACACUCGGGAAUUAGAACGUUUAAAAAAGAAAAUCAACCAUUUCUCGCAUGGAAACUGCUCCAAAAAACAAACUAUGCAAACUUUUUUUUUUCCAUUUUUGCAUGUCAAACCAUUAAAAAGAAAACUCGAAAUAAUCGCCAGGUAAAACAGCUUUUUCUGAUACUUUAGCCUUGUGCCACAAAGCUCAGCAGACCAGGGCUUGUGUGUGUCUUAGGAGGAGAGGGCGGGACACCUUCCUUUCAACCCAAUGCAGGUGGAAAGUUUAGACAAUCCACCAGUGUGCCCUGUUGCCCUCUAAUGGAAGACUUGAUCCAUGCCUAUAGCCUGCUACUCAGAUUUCAAAACAUUUCAGAUUCCGCUAUUUCAUAAAAAGGUGGCGCAGCGGUAGAUUUGCUGCCCCCCAGCAACAGACACCCGGGUUCGAUCCUGACCACGGGUGCUGCCUGUACGGAAUCAUUCUCCCUGUGACUGUAUACGCUUCCUCUCUCACUCCAAAGACAUGCCCUGCAGGUUUGUAGGUUAAUUGGCUUCUAUAAAUUUGUGAAACUGUCCCUAGUGUGUAGGAUAGUGCUAGUGUAAAGGAUGAUCGCUGGAUGGCACGGACUCGGUGGGCCGAAGGGCCUGUUUCUCUAAAGUAAAUUAUCCCCUGCUCCUGAGCCUCCUCAGAUGGCCAUGUCCCAUGCAGGAGCCUGUGCUGACAAGGUUGGGAAAAGAUUAAAGCAGAGAGAGGAGGGGUACAAGGGGAACUUACUGGCUAAAGAC